AUGGUGCUUCAACCCCAGUACAAGAGGGAGCACCGAAUGGCGGAUAAGGAACAUGUUGAUCAGAAGAAGUACCUUGAAGAGUUUUGCAAGCCAAAAUGUGUAAAACCAUUUCUCCAGUACCAGGCAUGUCUUCAGAGGAUCCAAGGCGAUGCAAGCGGGCACAUGCAUUGUACAGGACAAUAUUUUGAUCACUGGUCUUGUGUGGACAAAUGUGUUGCACCAAAGCUCUUUGAAAAACUGAAGUGA